AUUAAAAAAAAAAAACCAAAAACAAAAAGAAGAACACGUAAGCUAAACGUAAAAUCGUUCCAGAGAGAGCUUGGCCAAAGUGCCAACUCUUUUAUUGUUGUUCCUUAAUCAAACGUUUUCUUGUGUUUUUGGGUUUUGGAGUGCAAAACAAAACAUGUAUGUAGUUUGUGUGUUGUAGAUGAGAAUUUUCGCUAACUCCUAAGUUAAAUCCACCAUGGAACACAACAACCAAAACCUUGAUUCUUCUACGAUUCAAUUCCAAACCCACCAGAAACAAACCCACAAUUUGUACCCUAGGGUUUCUAGUUCAUCUUCUGCACAAGAUUUAGAUUGCAGUGAUUCCGAUUCUCCGCCGAAUGAUGGGGAGUUCAACAAUCACAAAGAGCACAAUGAUUUGCUGUCCACUGCUGUUACUGAGAGCCAAAGAUUGAAUGAAUCUGGAGAAUGUGAAACAGACUCACCUCUAGGCUCUAGAGAAGAGAAUGAUCAGAAAAGAGACUCUAAAGCUGACCAUCAGAAACAAGGAAAAUACUUCUUUUACGACUCACCGCUAUCUGAAGAUACUGGGGUUUGGAUACCUGUUUCCGUUCCACCAAUGUUGGAAAAUGAUCAUGAAGAGUGGGCCAAAGGUUUUCACUCGAAUGGGGGUUACUUCCCUGAAGGUGAUAUGGGGUGGGGCCAGUGCCUUGGGGAAGAAAAGCAGUUGACCAUGUGGGAUGUGAUUGAGGAGAUGUUACUCAUGGCACGUGGGAAAGUAAGUGCUUUAGCUUCGGGUGAUAUACACAGGUGUACAUUUUCUUUGGUAUCAAACCAUAUACUUGAGCAAGCUUGGAAUGAGAUCGCCCAGACUCUUACAGAGGCUAAUUUUGGCAAUGUAAGGGAAAUACUUGAAGCAGAGCCGCCAAAAUGGUUGCCUGACAGUGCUGCUUCUGCUUGUAUGCUAUGUGGUGUGAGGUUUCAUCCAAUCAUCUGCUCCAGGCAUCACUGCCGGUUUUGCGGAGGAAUAUUUUGUGGUGAAUGCACUAAAGGAAGGAGCUUACUGCCUACAAAAUUCCGGGUUGGAGACCCCCAACGGGUCUGUGAUGUAUGCUGUGUUCGGAUUGAGUCUGUCCAGCCAUACUUGAUGGACCAAGUAAGUCGUGCUGCUCAGUUGCCAACCCAUGACCUGACAGACCUCAGUACUUUGAGAUCCUGGGUUAAUUUUCCUUGGGGACAGUCCAUGGAAUAUGAGAUCUAUAAGGCAGCAAACACAAUUCGCAAGUAUAAUAAGGUACCUGAGAAGAAAAUUCCAGAUGCCAUUCUACGACAAGCAAAAGGCCUUGCUAUAAUUACUGUUGUGAAAGUUGGAGUGAUGGUUACCUACAACAUAGGAACUGGACUUGUGGUUGCUCGUAGAGAAGAUGGUUCAUGGUCUCCUCCAUCUGCCAUUUCUACAUUUGGUAUGGGUUGGGGGGCUCAGGCCGGAGGGGAGUUGACAGACUUCAUAAUUGUGUUGAGAACAACUGAUGCCGUCAAGACAUUUAGCGGUAAUGUCCAUCUUUCAAUUGGAGCUGGUUUGAGUGCAGCAGUGGGAAAUGUAGGAAGGGCAGCUGAAGCUGAUCUACGAGCUGGUGAUGGCGGAUAUGCUGCUUGUUAUACAUACAGCUGCAGUAAAGGUGCAUUCGUUGGUUGUUCCUUUGAAGGGAGUCUUGUCACCACACGAACAAAGGAGAAUUCUCGUUUCUAUGGCAGCCAGUCAUUGAACUCAUUAGAUAUACUUCUUGGCUCCCUGCCAAGGCCUCCUGCAGCUGCCAUCCUCUAUAAUGCUCUUGCCGAUAUAUAUCAGAAAUUUGAGUGGUGAUUGGAUGGAGUUGGCGAUAAACUUCUUUACCAACUUUCAGCAGUGAUCAAUAUCAAUCUGAAGCAUUUUAGUUUGUACAGGUUCUUUGCUGCCAUUCUUUGCGCAUGUAAAGCAAUAAUCAGGUGAUGUAUAGAACGUUUAUGGAGAAUUUGUGAAAAUUACAAAAAAGAGGAGAAAAAACUAGUUCCAUGCAUCAAUGCAAUGUAUGAUUAAUGACAAGUACUUGGUGGAACAACUUAUGUCUGCCUAAAAUUGUAUAUAAUUACUUGAAUUGUUGAACAGAUUGUGAUUUAUUACAAGAACAUAAAAAUUAGUUAA